AGCAAAAAUGACUCCUUGAAAGUCAAAUUUAAGUCCUUGUAAAUACUCCUUAAAAAGUCCUUAAAUUUAACUCUGGAAUUCGAGCACGAACUCAUUAAAUGAGAACGAAGUUAUGUCAUUAAUUAAUAUCAAAAGAUCCCUUAGUCUUUUGGAAAAUUAAAUAAUACUUUCCAUAGUUCUGACUUGAAGGAUUUCAAAGUCUUCUUAGGGUUCGGGGUUAGUUAUUCCAGUCUUUGGCAGUUCUCAUUGAAAAGGUGCGUCCCCCCUCUAAGAUGUUUUUGUGGAGGGGGGACAGUAGGUUUAAAUUACAAUUUCUUGUGAUUCUUGCGUGGUUACUGAUCUGAGUUUUUUCUUAAGGAUGUGUUUAUAUAUUGAGGCAGUGUUCCAUUUAUCCUUUUGAAAGCAAGCGCACAGCGAUUGAUGUAUGCUUUAUUGUAAAACGAAAGCCAGCUUAAAUUGUUAAACAAUGUCACUGUUCGACUCUGUGCGAGGGGCACUCAGAAUAAUACGUGCCGCCAGUUUUUGCAUUCAGAGAACUCUCUCGAAAAGCAUUUUAUUGCACUAUGUCCAUAGUGGGCUUGCACAUAUCAUGAGUGGUUUUAUGACUGCGUUCAAGUAAAUGAUUCUCUGAUUUUUUUUUUCAAAUAUGGGCUGAUAUGGCGUAAAAGGCCGAGACGCUUGGAGAGCUUGUUGCAGGGUUCAUCGACAUGUACUUCGUAAGUUAGGUCUCCGUUGAUGAUCAAGCCAAGAAGUUUAUGACUUCCGACUUGGUCAAUUUCUGCGGUAUACUUCCAGCUUUCCUGAAUCGUGGUCCAUACGCUUACGUGGACGCAUUCCCGUAACCAACAAAGCUUUUGUUUUUUGCGUAUUUACGUACAUUUUGUUACCUCUCGCCCACCUCUCUAUCUCUGCCAUAUCAUAAGAUAACGGUUUGGAUUAGUGAUGAAAUGAUUUUCCUAUUUGAACUUGAAGACAAGGUGGAAUCAUCUGCAUAAAUGUCCAUAGUUGAUUUGUAAACAUUAAGAGGCAUAUCGUUGACGAACAAAAGGAAAAGCACCGGACGUAAAAUUGACCCCUAGGGCGCACCCUGCUUUACGGUCAGCUGUUCAGAUUUAACUUUCCCUAAAGUAAUAAACUGCUUUCUCUCAGACAGGUACGAUUUAAACCAAGCGACGGAAGAGGGACAAACCCCGUAAAUAGACCUUUGUUAGAAGACGUUGAUGAUCAAUUACAUCAAAGGCUUUGCGAAAAUCUAUAAACACCAAACCAGUCAACUUGUCAUUGUCCAUGUUUGUUAAUAUAUGAUCUGUAAGUCUGAUCAGGGCUGUUUCUGUAGAAUGUCCUGACCUAAAAGCUGAUUGGAGCUCGUAUAACAAGUUGUUAUCUCGCACGUGCACAAAUUUUAAAAGGGAGCUGGCUACGUGCUUUUCGAGAAUCUUCGAGAAAACAGGUAAAACAGGUACUUUCUUAAAGCGCGGGAACAACAAACCUACGAAGCCGGGUCCUGAGUAUUAAACUGGUUAUAAAAUCAGCGUUUUUGCGCUUUUGUUUUCCUUUGAGUAUGCCCACCCACACAAAAACAAUUGACAACUAUUAAAACAUUCAUUUUAGAGGGCGUUUUUGACAACCCGCCGGUUUAAAAUUUUAGUAACUUUUAAUGUAUGUACGAAGGCCGCGACGCAUCAAAAUGUGUACGUUUUCAGACGAAAACGCAUUUUAUAUGAGCGUUUUCACUGAACCUGAAGUUAUAACUUAUUCUACUCAUUCUCUAUAUACACGGACUACUGCUAACCGGCCUUGCUGCCUUCUUGUAUGAAUGGGUUUCUCUGUCGCCCCCACAAACAAUGCAAUACCACGAAGGAAAUCAGAAUUUAAAAUAACAUACUUCCUCAUUAAGCUAUUUUGAGCCAUUUGCAUAGAAUAUUUGCUUAGAUGUUAUGUAUGCUUUGUCUUAUAGAUUUAUGCCGCAAUCACUGCCAGAGAGAAACACUUGACAAAUGAGUUAGAGCAGCUGUACAGUAGUAAGGCAGCCAUCCUCACAGAGCAACAAGACCGUCUACGAAAAUUUCAAGAAAGCUUAGUGAGUACUGUCCAGAGUGUUUUGUCCAGCAUCCAGUCCUCUCACGAUCCUGAGCUUCUCGUUGCCAGGUCUGCUUUAGAGGCGACGCUUAGGGACACAGAAAACCAACCAAUGAUGCUUGAGCCAAAGGUCCAGUUUGUCCCAAAGCUUAUCUUUCAGGGUGAUCGCAGGGGAUUCCAUGAGCUACUGGACGCCCUCAAUAAAGGAGUUAGCGUCAUUGACGACCUAACCUGCGCAGAAAACACAAGUGUGGAUGGCACAGGAUUACUUACAGCGCGUCCAGGAUUUGAGAAUUCCAUUCUUAUCAUUGCUCAUGACGCCCAAAAGCGUCGCCGGUUUCGUGGUGGCGACUUGUUUAUGGUGGAGCUUAAAGACAAGUUUGGUAACGAGAAGGUUACUGGAAAUGUAGAGGACAGAGGU